UGGCCAAACACAGGCCAAUGUGCGCGCGCGCUGCCCGUCUCUUCAGGCUGUGGAGGUUCAAACGGAGAGCCGACAAAAACAAGAAAAUACAUUUUCUGAGGAAAAUUUUUCGUUACUGAUAUACUAAGAGUGUGAAAAUGCCGCGCGUUUUGAUUUUCAUUGCUUUUGUAAUUUUGGCUUUCCAGGAAUGCUCUCCGCGUGGUCUCCCAGACGAGGAGUCGGUGGUGAGCGUGUACACCACGCAGCCCAACUCCGCCGCCAGCAUCGACGUCUACCACCAGAUCGCCAACAACCUCGCCGAGAAGAUCACCUCCCCCAUAUACAGUUUCCUUGGCUAUGGGAAAAACAAAACUGAAAAGGCGUCACCCACAAAAGGACCCUGGGACAAACUGGAGACCCUGGACGCUCCGGAGAUGGCCACGAAAGCGAACCAGAAACCAGUCGACAACGACAUCUCUGUAGACAAAGAGGUGGAAGAGCUCUCGUCAGAGGCUCUACAGAAGAUUGAUAAGAAACCAGAAAAGUUUACUCUGUACUCCAGUUAUUUGCCCAGUGGCAAGAUUGAGACACUUGAUGCAAAUGACACAAUUAACGAGAUCGGCGACGAUGACGACACCUUCGGCAUCGACGACGUCGACGACGACAGCAGCGAUGCGGACAAGUCGCGCGCGGGGCCCGUGGUGCACUUCCUCGAGGUGCUGGGCAGUGUCAUACAGCUGAUAUACGGCGGCAUUGUCGCGCUCUUCUCGUCUGCGAGCAAAUCCACCAACUAGAGGUCGC